UCUCGAAUCCCUAGAAAACAACCCAAGUAGCAAUUUGGCUUCUCCUUACUCAUUGGUAGUGCGGAGAAGUUUGUUCUGUUGUUGGAAAUGGCGAGAUCGUCGAGCAAGGACGCCCAAGCUCUCUUUCAUUCCCUUCGCUCUGCUUAUGCAGCCACUCCUACGGGUCUCAAGAUCAUCGAUCUUUAUGUUGGCUUUGCGAUUUUUACUGCUCUAGUUCAGGUGGGUUACAUGGCCAUUGUUGGAUCAUUUCCAUUCAAUUCUUUUCUUUCAGGAGUACUUUCUUGUGUAGGCACAGCAGUCCUUGCUGUUUGUCUCCGUAUCCAGGUGAACAAAGAAAACAAGGAAUUCAAGGAUUUACCUCCAGAGCGUGCUUUUGCUGAUUUUGUUCUCUGCAAUUUGGUGCUUCAUCUGGUGAUUAUGAACUUCCUGGGUUAAUCUUGAUCUGCUGGACACAUUCCUGCAUCUGUAACUUUUGAGACAGUAGUUAUGAAAUAGUUUUGUUCCAUGAAUGCAGCAAAUUUUCUUUGGCUAAUGUUUUUGAAAUAUUGAACUGCGGUCGGGGUUUUACUUAUUUAGUUGUUUAUAAUGAUGAAAUUAUAAAUGUUGCUUAGACGAACAAACCCUUGUCGAUCAAGCAAACCAUGAUUGAUCCCUAGGCGCGCAACAUUACGUCAGUACCUCCCCCAUUUUGUCAACUGAGUGGUUGGUUCAUCUUUUUCUUUAUUUACAUGGUUGGCCUGGGCCCUUGUCUGCUGAGAUAUAUCUUGGAUAGAUGAAAUUUCACACAUCUUUGAGCUCUCUUAAGGCU